CGUUCUCGUCUUGUCGGGUCGGAUCGGAUCGGAUCGGUGCGGUGCGGCACGGCACGGCGCGGCGGGUUGGUGACGGUUUUGGCUUGUCGGCAGUGUGUGGUAUUGAUAUCUGUUAAAAUGGAAGAUAUAAUUGCCCGUUUACUUGUUGCUGACAAUGCCGUGAUUCAACAGGCAACGAAAGAUUUAAAAGCGGCUAUAAAAAACCCUUCCGCAAUUGGAGACUUGUGUACUGUUAUUGUGACAUCCAAAAAUUCACAGAUUAGACAGUAUGCCGCUGUCAUAAUGAGACAAAGAUUAAGCAAGGCAAAAAUUUGGAAUCAUCUCGACUCGCAAUUGAAAGCAAGAUUGACACAGGACAUUUUAGGAACACUUCACUCGGAAUUUGAGCAGUCAGUUGUGAAAGCAAUAGUACAGCUCAUUGGUACUGUGGCAAAGCAUGAAUUAAAUAGUAGUAAUGCUCUACUUUUGCUGGAGUUUGUUGGAAAAUUGUGCUCAGUGGAAGUCAGUGAUGAUCAUGCCCAGAAAUUGCGUGGAUUUUUUGUUUUAUGUGUUUUGUCAGAAGAAUGUCCAGAUCUAUUUGCAACGGUUUUACCAAAUAUUGGUGCUCUUGUUGCUAAUACAUUGCAGAAUGAAAUAGAUGCAAAAAGCCCAUUGGUGUGGCAUGGUCUGAACACUAUGAAAAAUCUUGCAGCUCAUUUCAGCGAUGAUCAAAGUAUAAAAAGUUGUUAUUCUGUGAUGUUACCCCAAAUGCUAAAAGCAGUUAAAGCUUUGGCAAAUUCUGAAGAAGAUAUGGCCUCUGAUUUGUUGGAAAUGUUGGAUGAUCUUAUUGAGAAUUCAGUAAUUACAACAAUGCAUCAGAUAACACCUAUUUUGAAUAUGUGUAUGGAACUAGCUGGUUCAGAAAUUAAAGAAGAGCAAAUUCAAAUAAAAGCAUUAUCUAUUGUUGAUACAAUAGUGAAAAUGAAAAAGAAGGCCAUUAUUAAACACAAUUUACUUUUGCCUAUUCUUCAAACAUUAGUGCAAGUGCUGCAAAUGCCGUGUGAUGAAGAUCUGGAUUAUGAAAGUGGUAAUGAAAUGAAUUCUCCAGUUAUUUAUGGAUCACAAGUUCUUGAUGGGUUGGCUCUAAAUUUACCACCUGGAAAAUUAAUGCCACACUUGCUGGAAUCAAUCCAAAUGCUUGCAGUAGCAGAAAAUCCAAACAAAAAGAAAGCUUCAUAUGUUAUAAUGGCAGUCACUGCUGAAGGCUGUGCUGAGUAUAUUUGCAACAAAUGCUUCAAGUUAUAUUUGGAGCUAGUGUGUAAGGGUCUGGAAGAACCAGUAGUGUUUGUUAGAAAUGCAGCGUUAUAUGCAUUGGGACAGUUUGCUGAGCACUUGCAGCCUGAAAUAGGAAAACACUCAGAACAGCUUAUGCCAGUUUUAUUCAAGUUCUUAGAACACAUUACAGUUAAUUUGGAAAAUCUGGAAGGCAAGAUACACUUGGAUAGAGUCUUUUAUGCUCUUGAAACCUUUAUAGAACAUUCUGAAAAGGAAACAUUUCUACCAUACUUGGCUCCACUGAUAGCAAAUUUGCUUGCUUUGGUAACAGCUAAGGAGAGUUCAACCCAUUUGAAGCAGCUUGCUUUAAGUGCUAUUGGAGCAUGUGCAACAACUGCAGAAGAUAAUAUUUCUCCAUUUGUGCCUCGUAUUGUGGAGUGUUUAUCAGUAUAUUUAGUGAACCAAUUACCAGAAGAACUCUCUUGCUUACAAGUUCAAGCCAUAGACACAAUGGCCACUCUGGCUCGUGCUGUAUCGCCAGAAAAUUUUCAGCAAGUGGCAAGUGAUUGCAUUCGAUACGGCUAUAUAAUUUUAGAAAAAGAAUGUGAUCCAGAAAUGGAAGGCAGCAUUUAUGGGUUAUUUGGAGCAGUUUCUGCUGUUCUUAAAGAAAACAUGAAAGAUGUGAUGGGACCUGUGAUUGGAAGUAUGCUAAAGACCAUUGAGAGUAGUGAAGGAAUUGUUGUUCAUUAUGAUGAUGAUGAUAGUCCAGGUUUUCCUGGGUGUGGAGACUUGAGUGAUUCUCCUGAUGAAGUGGAUUUGGAAGUUACAUCAGAUGAAGAUGAGGAUGAGGAAGAUAUUGCAGGUUAUAGUGUUGAAAAUGUUUACUUAGACAAGAAAGCAGCAGCAUGUUACGCAGUCAAGGAACUAGCACUAAACACAGGGGCUGCAUUUAAUCCAUAUUUGACACCUUGUUUCUCACCAAUUUUGAAAUUGCUAGAGUAUCCCCAUGAUACAAUUAAGAAAGCAGCUCUCGAUGCCUUGACUCAAUUGUGCAUCAACUGGAGUGCGUCAAUGGAAUUAGAUGGAAAGACAUUUGAGAAUAAUGUUUCUGUCUUCAUCCAGAAGUGUGCAGAAAUCAUUCACACCAAUGAAGAAAGAGAAGUUGUUGGGCAGGCUUUAGAGUCUUAUGGUAAUCUUCUCAAGUCUGCCAAGAACUUUACAUUAAAACAGUCCACUCAUCGAGAAGCAAUUUUCAAUUGUAUUCUUGAUGUAAUUCAUAAACGAACUCUGUGUCAAUUAGAAGAAGAGGACUCUAGUGCCGAGGAUGAAGAAAAUGCCGAACAAGAUGAACUACUGAUUGAAUAUGCUGGAGAUGUAUUGCCAUACUUUGGAAGAGCUAUGUCUGCAGAUGAUUUUAAACCAUAUUUUGUGACAAUUUUUCCAGUUUUAAAAUCUAAGCUGAAGGAAUCUGGAACAGUGGCCCAGCGAUCAUUUGCAAUUGGAAUUAUUGCUGAAUGUAUGGAACCUUUGGGACCAGUUGUUCUUGAAUUCUCAAAUGAAAUUCUACCUGCUUUUAUUGCUGGUGCAACAGAUGAACAUUGUGAUGUUCGUAAUAAUGCUGUUUAUGGAUUAGGUGAAAUGUUGUACCAUGGGAAAGAAAAAUUUUUUCUUCAUUAUGAAAAUGUGCUACAACUUUUAUCCAUGUGCUUGGUGCAGGAAACAGUUCCUAAGGUUAUAGACAAUAUAUGUGGAGCAGUCGCUCGCAUGAUUGUUGUCAAUGCCAAUCUUGUACCUAUAGCUCAGGUCUUCCCAGUCAUUAUUAAUUGUCUUCCUCUUAAGAAGGACUUCAAGGAAAAUAGUAUUAUGAUGAAGUGUUUUAUGCAUUUAUAUGAAGGUGGCCAUGAUAUUGUAGCACAGCAUCUAGAAAAGAUCUUACACACUAUUAUUCAUAUCAUCCACCAAAAACAAGGAGAGGAAGAUGCCUUAUUGCUGGCAGAACAUCUCUUCACUUGCAUCAAGCGAGACUUUCCUGAUCGUGUAUCCGCUUUAAGGAUUUCUGAAGAUGUGAUACCUACAUACUCCAAGUUAAUAAAUAAAUAGGUUCUUCAGAUUUAUAAUUUAUGUGUUUUUGUGUUUUUAAUAUUAAGUGUUGAAUGCUAGUUCUGUGCAAAGAUACAUUGUAUUUCAUAUAUGCAGUAAUGAUUUACUUCGCUUGAAUGAAAUGAUUUUGAAUGCUGGAUACAAUUUUUAAGUCUGGGUCAUGUGCGUUACAUUCUGGAUAAUGAAAUAUUAUGUAUCACAAUUAUAUAUUGCAAGACAUUGCAUUAUAAAUGCAAAUGUGUUAGCAUCAAUGUUCUGUAUACCUAUAGAAAUUUUUUUAAUACUACAUUUUUUGGCUGUGAUAUAAAGGCAACAAAUGUUGAGAUCUGUUCUUUAUAUAUGUUGAGAUGAUUUUAUUGUUCUAGUUUAAACAUGCUACAGUUUACCAUCAAUACAAGUAUUUUAAGUUCUUCUGUAGAAUCUAAAAAACGGUAUUUUUGGGUGAUUAAAUAUAGAUUUAGAAAUUACUUUUUGGGUUUGAGGAUGGUAAAGGUAAUAUGUCUCUUAAAUACCUAUAAACAUUUGAGAACAAAAUUGAAACACGAAAAUGGGACUAGAUUCUUACUGAUGAUGCAAGACUACACUGACUGUUCAAUAUUUUAAUCUCAAUUUCUCAAAGUCAACUUGGACCAAAUCAAAUUUACUUACAAGUAAACAUUUGAGAACGAAAGUGAUUUGUAUGAAUGUGACAUAUGCCUUUUAUAUAUUUUCACUUCACAAGUUUAUUUUUCAUUUUUAUUUAUGAUGUGUAACUUUUGCUUAUUCAUUUUCAAACUGAAAAUAUGAAUUUUCUGUAAUUACGGAUCUGAGUUGUGUUGUGCUCAUAUUUGUGGUUAGUGUAAGAAUAGAAUUCAGUAUAAUAGCCACUUGUUCUCAUUCUUAUAGAUCGAAAUUCUUCUUCACUACAUUUUACAAGGAGAUAAUUUACUUUUGUUUUUAUAUUUAUAUUAAAUAACUCUUCAAACGUGCAUUCUGUAAGGGAUUUUAUUUUGAUUAUAAAGCAGUAUCAGUGAAAUAUGUAGGAAAUUACAAAUUUUCUUACUUGAUAGUUCAGCAAGGCUUUACGAAAUUAAAUACUGUCUCUUUUUUUACUGACAGAUGGAGUAUAGAAGUGGCUAAAAAUUGUGAUGGAGUUAUAUUUAUAUUCAAAAGAAACUCAGAUUUCUGAAAUGACAUUUGUUAAAUAUAAACAUUUGUGCCUUUGAUAUAGUUUGUAUUGGUAAAGUGUUUGUGCAAAAAUACUAUUAAAUGACUUGUUUAGUCAAUGAUUUGUUACUUACUUCAAAUAUCUUACCUAUGUUAUGGAUCUGGCUACCCACUGCACUUCUUUCCCG